AGUCACAGCGGUGAGCACGAGACCGCUGGGGAGGGUGGGGAUGGUCACACAUGGGCUCAGCUCCGAGGGCUUUGGGGGGCUCCAGGGCGGCAGCAGAGCAGUGUCCCCAUGUCCCCAUGCUGCCGAGCGUGAAGGGGUCCCCAUCGUGGUCCCCCCGUCCCCCUGCUCGGCUGGCGGUGCCUCCCGGGGGCUCUACGCCCUCCUCACACACUUCCUGCCGUCUGUUUCCAAUUCCUCCUGGCGUCUGCUCCUCCCCGCUCUCUUCCAAUUAGAAAAAAAAAAAUCCCAGGCAUCUUCUCAGCGUGCUGCUCGCAGAGGCUGGAGCUGCCGUGCCUUGCUCGGGAGGCUGGGGCUGCACGGGGAGGGGCAGAGGGUGCCCGUGGUGCCCAUUCAUGUGGGGCACAGAGUCAGGGAUCAUUCUGAGGGAUUUCUGUGCCCAGGUCCUUUUCCUGAAGGAGUGACCCGUCGGUGACACCAGUGGCAUCCCAGCUGCGCAGCCCCACCUGUGAGCACCGGACACAGGACCCAGUGUGGCACAGCCUCCCCUGGGCGCCACCAUGCCCAUCCUCAAGCAGCUCGUGUCCAACUCGGCGCACUCCAAGCGCCGCUCGCGCGCCGACCUGACGGCUGAGAUGAUCAGCGCUCCCCUGGGGGACUUCCGCCACACCAUGCACGUGGGGCGCGCCGGGGACGCCUUCGGGGACACCUCCUUCCUCACCAGCAAGGCCGGGGAGCCGGUGCCGGAGGCGGGAGAGGAGCCGGGAGCCUCCAAGCCGGGCCUGCUGUCCCGGCGCUUCCGCAGCAGCAAGCGCUCGCAGUCGGUGACGCGCGGCGACCGGCGGGACAUGCUGGGCUCGCUGCGCGACUCGGCGCUCUUCGUCAAGAACGCCGUGUCCCUGCCCCAGCUCAACGAGAAGGACGUGGACAGGAGCGCGGGGCAGCUGCCCAAGAGCCUCUCGUCCAGCCCCGUGAAGAAGCUGCCCGAGGAGGGGAGCCCCGAGGAGCAGCAGCGCCCCAACGGGGCGGCCGCGGGGCCGCUGAGCCCCGGCCUGGACGAACGCGACUUCGGCGACAUCACGGACCUGCCCGUGGGGCUGGCCAAGGGCGGCGCGGGCUUGAAGCACGCCGAGUCCAUCAUGUCCUUCCACAUCGACCUGGGGCCCUCCAUGCUCGGUGACGUGCUGAGCAUCAUGGAUAAGGAUCAGUGGGAGCAGGAUGAAGAUGCGGAGGCGGAGGAGAGCCGCGAGGAGGAGGAGGAGGAGGAAGGGGAGCCUGCCCCGCCUGGCUCCCCGCUGGCGGCCCCGCCGAGCCAGAGCCCGGCCCGUGGCGCCGGUGGCCGCAGCCCCAGGGACAGCAGCCCGGUGUCCAGCUGCCCCUCGGAGCGCAGCCCUGUCCCCAGGCCGCCGAGCCAGCGGGGAGCGGCCCUGAAACGCCCCGACAAGGAGUUCUCGUUCGCCGACGAGGAUGACGAUGAGAUCCGGGUAUAGAGGAGGGCCGAGCCCAGGGUCUGGUUCUCACCGAGCUUGCUUGGACACAGGGCUGGACAGCCCAAGAGAUGGCACAGGGGAGGACUCGGCUCCUGCCUCGUUCGCUCCGUGUGCUGCGGCAGGACAGAGCUCUGCUCCCGGGGCUGGGCCGCUCCUGACAGCCCCAGGCAGCUCCAGCACUUCCUGGGAGGGGGAAGCAGACUCGAUUUCGGUUCUUUCUGUUGGACUUUGGAUAUUAGCUCCUUUCUCCUGCCCCCCUGCCCGUGUAAGGCGAUUUAGCAUCCAACAAGACAGCCUUUGGAGUUUUAGCCCUUUUAGUAAUAUGUAUAUAUUUUCCACCGUACAGUUUUUACUGUUUUCUGAUUUGUACUUACCUUUCUCUACUCUCUUUUGGUUUUAACUGAGGGAACAUUUCCCGUGAGGAACAACUUGGCUCUGGACCUCAGAGGUGGCCUGGGACUAUGGGCAGCUCCAGCUUCCUGGGUUUUUUGGGGACAGAAGAACUGUUUUCUGCAGACCAAGAGUCUCCCAGUGCCGUGGCAGGCGCUCGCUCCCCAUCCCUCGGAUGGAUGGAUGGAUGGAUGGAUGGUUCCAUCCCAGAUGCUUGACUCUCCAACCAGCCUGGGGCUCACAGGGAUGCUCCCAGCCAGCUCCAGGGACGCUGAUGGAAGUGUGGGUCUGUCCCCUGUGGGAGGAGCUCCUGGAAGGCACCGGGAUCCCGGUGGGGCCGGGCAGCGGCGGGAGCAGGCGGCUGGAACAGGAGCUUUUAUACCGUGUCUGUACAAAUGCAAGGAAUAAAAGGAAAUGGUAGUGAC